UAUUCAAUAUUCAUUUGCGCUUAUUAAACCCCUAUAACUAACCAAAUUUUCGCCUGCUCAUCAUUUGAAACUUGUGUCAUGUAGUUUCAGUACAAACUAUAUUUAUCCGAAGUGGCAAGCUGUAUAAUUUACUGACUGUACCCUACGCUCACCAUAUAGCUUAUCACCAUGGAUACAUAAACAAAGUGUGACUAUUUGGUCACAUGGAUAGCAACGUGUAAACAAAGAUAAACUAGAUAAUAACAUUAUCCUGGUUCUGCUCUGAUGACGUUUUGCGGUAUUUUAUUCUAAUGGCCUCUUAUAGCAAAUUACAGACAAGUGUAACUUUCUGGUGCGAGAAAAAAAUCAAAGUAACAAAAGAGCGUUACGAUACGAUUAGUAUUUGAUGUUCCGGGAGGGACGUUGCUGGAAAGGAGAGAGACACCCCUCCUUCGUGGGAAUGGAGCGUCGUGGUUUACAAGAUUAAAAUGGGAGCAGGUGCCUCAUUCGCAAUCUUUAAGGCAGGUUCUUCCUCCAGAAUCAAGAAGCCCAGCCGGAAGAUCCAGCCCAAGCCGUGCGGUGUGCGCUUAGGACCGGUCUUCGGUGUCUCCCUGCCGGUGAUGAGAGAGACUGGGCAGCUGGUGUGCGGCCUUCCCUGGGUGCUGAGGGAGAUGGUGGAGUUCCUGGAGAAGCACGCCCUCCAGCAGAGGGGGCUGUUCCGCCUGGGCGGCGCGGUGCUGAAGACCGGCCUCCUGAAGGCCCGGUGUGACCGCGGCGAGGCCGUGGAAGUGGGCGCGGCCGGCGACGUCCCGAGCGUGGCCUCCCUGCUGAAGCUGUUCCUGAGGGAGCUGCCCCAGGCCGUCAUUCCUGAAGCCCAGCGCGCCGAGAUGGUCCGCUGCUUCAGAGAGUGUACAGAUGAACGGGCUCUGAACCAUAUGUUGAAGGAGCAGCUGAGCGGUCUACCUGAAGACAACCACAACAUCCUGUCUUACGUAUGUCACUUCCUGCUGAAGGUGGCCUCCCACAGCCAGGUCAAUCACAUGUCGGUGGAAAACCUGGCCACAAUCUUCGGCCCCUGCCUGUUCCGUGUUCCUCAGAGCCCCAGGAUGCUGGAGGAGCAGACCCUGUGCAAUGCGCUGGUUUGCCUUGCAGCUGCUAAGCCAAGUGCACAGCUGAGAAAUAAAAUAGUGCUUAACACAGCUGAAACCAAAAUGCUUAACACAGCUAAGGCACAAGUGCUUAACACAGCUGAGACACAAGUGCUUAACACAGCUGAGACAUUGUUGCCUGACACCUCCCAUCCGGUCCUGACACCAUUCCAGAUAACAAGGGAUGACCCAAGCAGGCUGAAGCCACCGGAGAAGGACAGUGUGGUCCUCACAGACGCCACACCUCGAGUGGAGAGGUCAGGGGUGGAGAGCCCAGGACAAGAGCAGAUCCUCCAGCCCGAAAAACCGAUAUCCAGCUGCGGACUCAUCUCUGACCUUCAGGAGGGCUUCUGCCAGGAUAUGGAUGCUACAGCAGAGCUGACGGAGCGUCAGGGGAGCGCAGGUCCACCGGAGAACAGGGACCUCCUCUGCCCCGGCUCACCUCACACGGACAGGGAGAAGGACAUACUGAGAGAGGACAGUGAGAUGCUUCAGGCCUUUGAUAAGGGCUCUCUGCUCCAGCUGGAGGCUCUGGAGGAGGAGGCGUAUCCCUCUGCUGGAACCCGCCACGAGGACGCGGGCCAGACUGCCAGCCAGACCGCCAGCCAGACCACCAGCCAGACCACCAGCCAGACCACCAACCAGACUGCCAACCAGACCACCUGUCAGACCACCGGCCCGACCGCCAGCCAGACCACCAGUCAAACUGCCAACCAGAUCACCAGUCAAACCGCCAACCAGACCACCAACCAGACCACCAGCCAGACCACCGGCCAGACCGCCAACCAGACCGCCAGCCAGACCGCCGACCAGACCACCAACCAGACCACCAGUCAAACCGCCAACCAGAUCACCAACCAGACCACCAGCCCGACCGCCAGUCAAACUGCCAACCAGAUCACCGGCCAGACCACCAACCAGACCACCGGCCAGACCCCCUCCACCCCAGAGACAGGGCUGGAUCCUGACCCCAGUGUCACGGCCCCCGAUGGGGGGGCCCAGGGGUCCCCGGGACCCAGCCCCCUCCUGCUCCACAUCGCCAACUGCGCCAGCCCCCUCCCCUCCCCCCGCUGCCCCCACCUCAGCCGGAGCCAGCGUUUCCAGAGCGACCCCGAGACCGCGCCCUCGCCCCCCUGCUCGCAGCCCUUCAUCAAGGCUCGCCCCAUUGGCCGGACCCAGUUUCCGGAAGGUUCCGCAGACACGCUUUCCACCGCUCUGCUCACAAAACACAUCCAGGGCCUGAAGAGGAAGAUCAGACAGUUUGAGGAGCAGUUCGAGCGGGAGAGGAACUACAGGCCAUCACACAAUGACAAAACCGCCAACCCAGAGAUGUUCCAGCUGAUGGGCGACCUGGCAAAGUCUCGGAAACAGCUCAGAGACCUGAGACUGAAACAGGAGCAGGUGAGGGAUCAGAAGACGGAAGAGCCUGCUGAUGUCUGCAGGUACGGCGGUGACCUGCAGGGGGCGCCAGCACAGAGCCAGAGGCCCUCCCUGGAGGACACAGUGGAAGCGCUACUGAAGAGGCUGAGGGAGAAGCGGCGAGCGCUUGGUCUCCCUGACAACGUGAAGGAAAUGACCAAAAAGCAGAUGGCCCUGGAGAAGAUAACUCUGCAGAAGUGUUUACUGUACUUUGAGAGCCUGCACGGUCGUCCGGGCACCAGGCAGGAGAGGAACCUGAUGAAGCCGCUGUACGACAGAUACCGCACCAUCAAACAGCUCCUGUGUGCAGCAUCCGCCAUUACCACCAUCACUGCCAUAGCAGAAGAGGACGGCUCCGAUGAUGACAGCACACAGGGCGGGUCCUUGCCCUCCUGCGCCGCGAUACGCCUGCAGCGCCUGGACGAGUGGGCGGGUCCGCAGGAGGAGGACAGCGACGCCACCUUCGUGUCCCCGCUGGACGAGGCGAAAGCCGUCAGGCUGCCCGCCAUCACCGUGUCCAACCUCCACGAGGCGUCCAGGUUGGAGCUACUGCACUGCCUUCGGGAGACAAGGGUAGAGAAGAAGAAACUACGCAAGGGGCUGAGCGAAUUUGAGGAGCAGUUCUACAGACAGGUGGGCAGGACUGCACAAAAAGAUGACCGAAUUCCAAUGGCAGAGGAAUACCAGGAAUACAAACAUCUAAAAGCUAAACUCCGAUUACUGGAAGCUCUGCUAAGCAAACAGGAGACUCCAAAGAUCAUCUGAGAGAAAGGCUUCUGUUCUUAGAAUUUUCAUUUCAGUUUCAUUCCGGACAUUCUAAUGCCACACUCAUGCCCUGACGCACUUUAUGAACAUUCACCUCGGUUGGCAAAAAGAAUAGAAGCCAAGCUAUCCAGUUGUUGCUAGGCAACAAAAUUCAAACAUCUCUUGUUGUUCCAGACAAAGAUGCAACGUUCAACAUGAAGCCUAAUGUACCCAUAAAAAUUCUAGUUUUAUUCGGGUGAAAAAUAAACCAAUCUUUGAAACAUCUGCAGAUCUAAUAUAUGGCACCUUGCCUUUUAAAAAAACCAAAAA